UUCGCGGUUGUGUGCGUUCAAUCAGCUGUAUAAGGACGUCAACACGAUACCUGUCACCGUACAGUAAUAUGUGACAAGUCGUUAUCGUAUCCGACAGUGUUUAUAGUAUUAUAAAAGUUUUCUUUAUUCAUUCUACAACAUCAGUUCUCUCGAGCAGAACACUCGACAAUCGAAUGAGAAUAUUCAGAAUUGCACAGAGUGAGAAAAAAUGGACGACAAGAAUGAGAGCAACGUCUUCGAUAACAAAGAAGACGCACAACUCUCAUUGUUGGAUCUCCCGAUCGAGAUAUUCCUGCAUAUAUGCUCCUUUUUAGAAGCGUCGACGGUAGUACACAGUUUGAGCUUAGUCUGCAAACAGUUUCACCUGAUUUUAAAGGAUGACUCAUUGUGGAAAUCGCGAAUUAAACAAAUAUGGCCAGAUGUUAACUAUCCAAUCUUGCAUCCUGCAACCUCUGACAAUCUGUUUUGGAAAUUGUCAUGUGUUGCAAUCGAGAAAGAAACCGCACAAUGGAGAAACUACCCUGCGUCUGUGAACAGUUACACUAUAAAUGAUUCGUACAGCACAAUAGACGCCCUUUUAUUAAUAGAGAACGGAGCAGCUGGUAUAGCUGGUGCCCGAGAUCGCAGUUUGUUUUAUUGGAGAAAUGAUGAUUCCAAUGUGGAUCUCUUAAAAAAAGAUUUUCUGGAAGUCUCCAUUGAGUCUGCACAUAAUGGGUGGAUUUGGGAUCUGACCAAAAUAGACGACACGCUUUAUAGCUGCGGAUGGGAUCAAACUGUCAAAUCGUGGGCGCUUCUUACAACUGGUCUCUUCCGUAAACAAAUUUACGAGCUGACUACGGCUGGUGCGCUUCUGUGUAUAUCGUCGUGUCCGGAACAAUCCCUUUUCGCAACCGGAGGUUACAACAGAAGCAUAUUCAUGUUUGACUCGAGAAUGGGCACUAAGCCAUUCAAACAAUAUCGACCGCACACGGCAGCUGUUAUUAAACUGGCCAUGAACUCGCAAUACAUCUUAUCUGCCAGUGAAGAUAAGACAGUGUCUAUUUGGGACCAGAGAGCUAAGCGAGUCUUAAAGUCUAUCACUAUUUCAAAUGAAGCUUUUCCCAUGUGCAUAAGUAUGCAACAGAAUUGCGUGUGUGUUGGAGACAACGUCGGAAAUGUGCAUAUACUGAAUCCACGGAAAAACUUCGAAUUGGUGAAAUCUUACCCUACUGGACAUACAAAUACAAUAACUGGGAUUCAUAUGACUCGCGGAUGUCUGAUAACGAGUUCUACAGACGGUACAGUUAGAAUAUCCAGUGCUACAGACCCGCCAAAGAUCAUCACCACAUUAAUUUCUGGUUUUGGAGAAAUCGCUGGUAUGGAUUAUUUGAACGGAGUUCUUGCAAUAUCCGGUCCCGAAAUCACAGUAAUUCAUCCUAAGUUGAAAUAAUGAUAAACGAAUUUUUUAUGUGUUGCUUUGAUACGUAUAUGUGUUUAUUACUACUGAAAAAACUAAUCUCUCUUACACACAAUACGCGUUAUUCUAAUAUAUAAUAUAUCGCCUUCCAAAUAUACUAUAUCAAUUUAUUGAAGAUUGAUUUAACAUUUAUUUAUUUAAUAAGAAAUUCGUUUAACACAUUUAUUUAUUUAAUAAAAGC